AUGACGCCCGGCCUUCUCACUCAGAGAGAGCGCAGAGAUCCUCAUCCGUAUUUGUCAGGCAAUUACGCACCGGUCAGGACGGAACUGCCGCUGACAGCUUGCCGCUAUGAGGGCCAUGUACCGGAUGAGUUCCGAGAUGGGCAAUACUGCAGAAAUGGUGGCAACCCUUUAUCAGGCGAGGACGAGAUGAGGGACGCGCACUGGUUUGAUGGCGAUGGCAUGCUCACUGGAGUGCUUUUCAGAAGCAUGCCGGAUGGAAGUGUCAGACCAGAGUUCAUCAAUCGCUACGUCUUGACAGAUGUGCUGCUCGCGACUUCGCCCCGCUCGACUCGACCUUUACUACCCAGCAUUGCCACUUUCUCCUCGCCCUACAUCCCUCUUCUGAGCGUCUUGCUAGGCGUCCUGCGUACACUCGCGCUCUGUCUCUUGACCUGGCUACCAGGCUCGGGCAGCUCGGCCGUUGAGGAACACGAACGGAGACUCAAGCGGAUCAGCGUGGCAAAUACCAGCGUGUGGUUUCACGAUGGGAAAGCUUUUGCCGGGUGCGAGAGCGGUCCGCCACUGCGGGUGUUGCUGCCGGGCAUGGAGACGGCCGGAUGGUGGUCUGGACAAGACGCUGCAGACCGGGAUGCCGAUGACUCUACAGUAAAGACUAAGCAUCGCAAGUCGCACGGAUGGGGCAAGUCUGGCGUGGCAGGGUUGUUUGCAGAGAUGACAACGGCACAUCCGCACGUGGACCCAAAGACUGGGGAGCUGCUUCUGUUUCACAUGUCUUUCUUUGCGCCAUUCCUCAGGGUCAGCAUCAUCCCGCCCAAAAAAGGAUGCGUUGAAGGCGACAGCAGGUCUCGAGACCAGCGGCAAGGAGCGCAAGCACCGCUUCGCGGCGUGGAAGUACCGGGCAUUGCGCAGCCCAAGCAAAUGCACGAUGCGGGCUGGUCAUCAAGGCACGGCAUCAUGCUGGACUUGCCGCUCUCGCUCGAUCCUCGCAACAUGCUGCGAGGUAGACCCAUGCUGCACUACGACUCUGCUGGCCCUACCAGAUUUGGCAUCUUUCCGCGAAAGGAGCCCGGAAAGGUCGUGUGGUUCGAAGAGGCUCAGGCUUGCCUUAUUUUUCACACUGCCAACGCUUGGGAAGAGCAGAGUGAAGAUGGUCGAGAGACUGGUGCGGUGAGCUUGUUGGCUUGCAGACUCAAUAGCGCAACGCUAGUCUACAGUGCUGGCAACACCAUACCUCCGCCUCACGCGCUGCCGCCUGGCGGCCAAGCGGAACAAUGUCGUCUCCACUACUGGCGCUUUCCCGACAUGGAGCAGGAUCGUCAGCCAGCACCCACUUUGCCGCGACGGCCAAGCCACUCUUUUGCGCUCAGUGCCGUGCCUUUCGAAUUUCCCACGAUGAAUGAAGCCUACGCAAUGUCCGAAGCGUCGUUCGUAUACGGCGCAUCUAUGCGUUCAGGCUCUUUCGACGCUGGCUUGGGACGACAAAGCGCCAAGAUAGAUUGCUUGGCCAAGAUCGAUGCGGCCAAGCUUGUUAGGCGGGGACUCGAGCAGGGCAUCGGGACAGAGGUAGCAGGGUUUUGCGUGGACGACCGCACGGUGCAGGACAUUCUUGACGAGCAGGAAGCGCAACUCAAAUUCGCACACGGAUCUUCAUCCGACAAGAGCAGCGCUUCAGCCGCCAUUCGGAUCUUUGCACUGCCUCCCAAUCACUUUGCUCAGGAAGCAACCUUUGUACCGCGCAGAGGUGCAACGCAGGAAGACGAUGGAUGGCUAGUCUUCUUUGUCUUUGAUGAGUCUCAGCUGGACGACGAUGGGUGCGUGCUACACGAUGCGACAUCUGAGCUUUGGAUCCUGGAGGCGAAGACGAUGCGCGACGUGAUUUGUCGGGUCAAAUUGCCUCAGCGAGUCCCUUAUGGCCUUCACGGCCACUUUUUCAACGCGCAAGAGAUUGCUUCUCAAGAGCCUUUGAACGAUGAGCAAAUCAGAACUUGGAUACUGGCCUCUCAGGGAGUUGUCGCUCAGAAGAGAGAGGAAGGGGCGGCAGAAGUCACGUGA